UUGAUUAUUUACGGCUUGAAAUGUGGUUCUCAGAUAGUAGGGAUGUUUUGUAUUUAAUAUUACUGACUAUUUCAACAAGUCAACUGGCUUCUGGUUUAGAUAAAACUUACAACAGAGACCAAGGACUAUCGAACUUGAAUUCCGAAAGGUUGUCGGUAACUUCAGCCAGUGGAUCGCUUGUCGAUCGAAGGAAGUUUUGUUCAGGUGAACUAAUUUUUGAGGAUAAUUUCGAUACAUUGGAUUUGGAUAAAUGGCAACAUGAACAUACGCUUGGUGGUGGAGGCAAUGGUGAGUUCCAGUUCUAUCUCAAUAAUCGGGAAAAUUCAUUCGUCGAAGACGGAGUAUUCUACAUAAAGCCAACAUUGCUUGGAAUUGAGCCUGGAGGCGAAGAGUUCCUUUCAAAUGGACGACUAGACAUUCACGGCGGAGAUCCUGGAAACUUCUGUACGAAUCCAGCAUGGGAUGGAUGUGUGCGAACAGGAACUCCGGAAGCUAUCUUGAAUCCAGUCAAAAGCGCACGUGUUCGAACUGUCAAUUCGUUCAGUUUCAAAUACGGUCGACUGGAGAUCAGAGCCAAACUACCAACCGGCGAUUGGAUGUGGCCUGCACUUUGGCUCAUGCCUCGCAUCAAUCAGUAUGGCACAUGGCCAGCUUCCGGUGAGAUUGACCUUAUGGAGGCACGCUGCAACGUUGAUUAUUACGACGCCAAUGGAACCCAUCUGGGAGUGGAGCAGGUUUUAUCGACAUUACACUUCGGUCCGAAUGCAUGGACGAAUGCUUACAACACGACCACCGCCCCAAGAAAUUCUCCACCGGGUCUAGGCUUCAACAAAAAUUUUCACCGUUACCAGCUCGAAUGGACUCCAGACUAUAUGACCUUCAGUAUAGAUGACGAGCCUCUUUUGCGAGCCGAUGGAAAUUUCUGGGAAAGAGGCAACUUCGAGGAACGAGCUCCUGGAACCAGAAACCCAUGGAUAUCUGGCACUAAAAUGGCACCAUUCGAUCAAGAAUUUUUCAUUAUUAUGAAUCUAGCAAUCGGAGGAACAAACGGAUAUUUUCCAGAUGAGAAGGUAACAACUCCCACAUCUAAACCUUGGUCCAAUGAUUCCCCGGUUCGAGUCGCGAUGACCAAUUUCUGGAACAAAAAAGAUGAUUGGAUUUCCUCGUGGAGCUUGGAACAAAAUGACGGUAAAAAUAGUGCUUUCCAAAUCGAUUACGUUAGAGUAUGGGCAUUGUAAAUAAUAGAGUAAAACAUUUAAUU